AUGCUUGUCCAAAAACCACCCGCCAAUGGUCUGGCACUACUUCAGAUGCACUAUAGACAUGUGGAUGAUUCAUUCGAUGACCCCGGCUAUAAAGUUCUGAAGCGCCCGGAAAAAUCAAAUAUGAACGAGCAGGAGCCCGAUUCAACUAAUCAAGGAAAUGGCCUAAGAAUGGAGACAUUUUUCGAGUUGAUGGUACUUGACGAGCGUGUUCAAUUCGAUCCCGGUGUUACUGUGGUGGUUCGUUGGGGUCGAGAAGCCCAAAAAUCGAUCUGGGUAUACGGGCCUGGUAUUCCAAUUGAACAUUCUUUUGGCCGCCGAAUGAUGACUUUUGACAUUGUGGUUACCUUGACCAAUUAUUUCCAUGGGAAUUACUGCAAAGAUACGCGUCGCAUAACCAAUGAGGAGGAAAGGUACCAAGCCGCUCAGAUCUUCGGCUACUACAAAACUUUCAACCCGAGGGUGAAGCCAAGAGCAACGAAGCAAGUUGUGCAUGUUGAGCUUGAACAAUAUCAAUCGAUGUACGAUCUGUAG